UGUUCGGGGUAUAAGAAAACUCCGCCAAGCCACAAAGUUCCUGGUUAGACCUCAAGUUCCUCUUUGUGCAAUGGACGGCCGCCUAGAGACUGACUUGUAUCCUAUGGGAUCGAGUUACACAGAAUUAGACGUUGUCCAUGAUAUUGCAGUUGGAACAAAGAGAGGAUCUGACGAACUUUUCUCCUGUGUUUCCAACGGGCCAUAUAUCAUGAGUUCAGCAGCUAAUGGCAACGACAGCAAGAAGUUCAAAGGUGACAUCAGAAGUCCUGGUAUACCAUCCCGUGUCAUACAUGUACGCAAGCUCCCCAGUGAUAUCAAUGAAGCUGAGGUCAUUUCUCUCGGCCUCCCCUUUGGCAAAGUCACCAACCUGCUCAUGCUGAAAGGAAAGAACCAGGCUUUUCUUGAGAUGAAUACAGAGGAGGCAGCCCAGACUAUGGUCAGCUAUUACUCUUCAGUCACACCAGUCAUCAGGAAUCAUCCCAUCUUUAUGCAGUACUCCAACCACAAGGAGCUGAAAACGGACAACUCACCAAACCAAGUGAGAGCGCAGGCAGCACUGCAGGCCGUAAAUGCAGUCCAGACAGGCGGCAUGUCAUUAGGUGGUGUGGAAGCAGGCGGUGCGAGUGGCCCCAGCCCCGUCCUCAGAGUGGUGGUGGAGAACCUCUUCUACCCAGUCACUCUGGAUGUUCUGCACCAGAUCUUUUCCAAGUUUGGCACUGUGUUGAAAGUGAUUACUUUUACCAAGAAUAACCAGUUCCAAGCACUUCUGCAGUUUUCUGAUGGUCUUACUGCUCAGCAUGCAAAACUGGCUCUGGAUGGACAGAACAUCUAUAAUGCAUGCUGCACUCUGCGCAUCAGUUUCUCCAAACUCACCAGUUUGAAUGUUAAGUACAACAACGAUAAGAGUCGGGACUACACACGGCCUGACCUGCCUUCGGGAGAUGGCCAGCCUGCUCUUGAACACCAUGCAAUGACCACAGCUGCAUUUGCUACUCCUGGGAUCAUUUCCGCUGGUCCGUUUGCUGGUGCCCAUGCCUUCCCCCCAGCUUUUACCAUUCAGCAGGCUGCAGGCUUGACCAUGCCAGGUGUUCCUGGAGCCCUGGCUUCUUUGGCCAUUCCUAGUGCAGCGGCAGCAGCUGCUGCAGCAGGCAGACUGGGCUUCCCUACUCUUCCUGCCGGCCACUGUGUCAUGCUGGUCAGCAACCUGAAUCCUGAGAGAGUUACGCCCCAAUGCCUCUUUAUUCUUUUCGGUGUAUAUGGUGAUGUGAUAAGAGUGAAAAUUAUGUUCAACAAAAAGGAGAAUGCCCUUAUCCAAAUGUCAGAUGGCACUCAGGCUCAGCUAGCUAUGAGCCAUUUGAACGGACAGAAGCUGUAUGGACGGGCGCUGCGCAUCACUUUAUCCAAACACACGACUGUUCAGCUGCCCCGCGAGGGACACGAAGAUCAGGGCCUCACUAAGGAUUACAGUAACUCUCCUCUCCACCGUUUUAAGAAGCCUGGCUCUAAAAACUACUCCAACAUCUUCCCACCCUCCUCAACUCUGCACCUCUCCAACAUCCCCCCUUCAGUUGUUGAAGAUGAUCUCAAGAUGCUUUUUGCAAGCUCUGGUUCUGUGGUCAAGAACUUCAAGUUCUUUCAGAAGGACCGCAAGAUGGCUCUGAUUCAAAUGGGCUCUGUGGAAGAAGCAAUCGAGUCCCUUAUCGAGUUCCACAAUCAUGAUCUUGGUGAAAACCACCAUCUUCGAGUGUCCUUCUCCAAGUCAACUAUUUGAACAGGAUAAAAGUGACUGCAGCUGGGAUGAGUCAUUUAAGGACAUACCGUAAAGUUGAGAUGACUUCUCUGAAGCCUCAACCACAACUUUCAUCAUUCCACUAUUGUAUUUAUAAGUAAUAUCUAGUGGUUCAUAUGUAACAUUUUAAUUAUUUUUUAAUGAUUGUCUAUCUGUAAUCACCUCCUUGAGCCUUUUAUAAGUUUCAGACGACUUCAUUUUUGCAUUGGUUGGACCCUUGCCUUGAAAGUGCUGCUCUGGUUUUUUUUCUUUUUUUUCUUUCAGAAGUACUUCUUGUGCCUUACAUUAUCUUGCAGUUAAGCGCUUUCUGAUACCACAUAAACCGUGUCGUCUGAUAUGACACCAAUGUUUGUAAAGAAUUUAGUUUGCAAUCCACGUGUGCAUGUAUCCUUGUGUAGCUGAAUUUAGAGGUUAGUUAUGUUUCAUACAGCCGCAGGGCUUUUUUUUUUUUUUUUUUGAUAAAUCGUUGCCUUAAGGCCAGUUCCUUUUGCUUUCUACAUUCCCAGUAGCUUUGAGUCUUAUCACAUACUGUAACGAUAGACAUAGACUGUUUACAUUUUUUUAUU